AUGUUGGAAACAGUGGAAAAGGAAGGCAACACGUCCAUCAUUUCAUGGCUGCCGGGGCACCCACAAGAUGCGUUCAAAGUCCACAAGAAAGAAGAAUUCAUGGAGCAUGUGUUGCCGCGCUUCUUCGAUCAGACCAAGUUCAAGUCGUUUCUACGACAACUGAACGUAUGGGGAUUUGAACGAAUAAACGAUUCAGGUCCAAGACACGGAGGCUACCGCCAUUCAUUAUUCAUCAAGAAUCGGCCCGACUUAUGUGCUGGAAUGAAGAGAACGAAGAUAAAGGGAGCGAAACAAGGAGAUUCAGCCAUGGGCUCGCAACAGCAGCUGUCGGAAACGGAGCUACAGCAAAAUAUCAAUGCAAUACUUUAUCACAGUGCUGAUGGUGAUCAUCAAUGUGGAGGACAAAAGCGAGGCGGGACCAAAAGGAACGACGAAACGUCCUUCGAUACCAUUGAAUAUGAAAGGAUACCAGACAAUAUUCCUGUUGCCGCGGAACUAUCUCGCAUGUAUGCAGAAGAGAUGAAAGAGACAGACGGUUUCUGA